AUGUCCACGAAACCUGAGCUCAUUGAACUGAGGGAACUGGAACCCGCGCGGCGCGCGGGCCCCGGCCGCACCCGGCUGGAGCGUGCCAACGCGCUGCGCAUCGCGCCGGGCACCGCGCGUAAUCCGGCACGGCAGCUGGUCGCGGGCCGCGGCCACCACUUCCAGCCCGCGGGGCCUGCCACACACACGUGGUGCGACCUCUGCGGCGACUUCAUCUUGGGCGUCGUGCGCAAGGGCCUGCAGUGCGCGCAUUGCAAGUUCACCUGCCACUACCGUUGCCGCGCGCUCAUCAGCCUGGACUGCUGCGGGCCCCGGGACCUGGGCUGGGAACCUGCGCUGGAGCGGGACACCAACGUGCCCAUCUUUCAGGACGAGCCUGUGGAGUGGGAGACACCUGACCUUUCUCAGGCUGAGACUGAGCAGAAGAUCAAGGAGUACAAUAGCCAGAUCAACAGCAACCUCUUCAUGAGCCUGAACAAGGAUGGCUCCUACACAGGCUUCAUCAAGGUUCAACUGAAGCUGGUGCGCCCUGUCUCGGUGCCCUCCAGCAAGAAGCCACCCUCCUUGCAGGCUGCCCAGCGGGGCCCAGGACGGGGCACAGCUGUGAGGCGCCGCACCUCCUUCUACUUGCCCAAAGAUGCCGUCAAGCACCUGCAUGUGUUGUCACGCACACGGGCACGCGAGGUCAUUGAGGCCCUACUGCGCAAGUUCUUAGUGGUGGAUGACCCCCGCAAGUUUGCACUCUUUGAGCGGGCUGAACGCCAUGGCCAAGUGUACCUCCGGAAGCUAUCAGAUGAUGAGCAACCCCUGCGGCUGCGGCUCCUUGCAGGACCCAGCGAGAAGGCCCUAAGCUUUGUCCUCAAAGAGAAUGAUUCUGGGGAGGUAAAUUGGGAUGCCUUUAGCAUGCCUGAGCUACACAACUUCUUGCGCAUCCUGCAGCGGGAGGAAGAGGAACACCUCCGCCAAAUCCUACAAAAGUACUCCUAUUGCCGUCAGAAGAUCCAGGAGGCCCUGCACGCCUGCCCCCUGGGGUGACCUCUUGUACCCCUGGGUGAAAGGAGGAGAGUAGGCAGCGCCGAGGGCGUGCCGUGUGAGUGUGACAGGGCCCGUGUGGCCUGAAGAAUGAGUGUGCAUGGAGGCCCUCUCUUACUGGGGGAAUGAGCCCAGAGAACAGCAAAGGAGCUGGCCCCCUGUGUCCACCCACAGGUAUAGCAGAACAUGGCUCUGCAUUCUUCUGCCUUUUGUGUAGUGGGCCAUGGUGGGCCAGGGUUGCCCUGGGAAGCUGCUCCAGGCUUGCAGCAGGGAUAGAGCAGACAGAAGUCUCCUUAAUUCGUGUCUCAGAUACUAGAAUCUUGGAGACCCUACAAACAGAAUAGGUCAUGUUUUCAGGGAUGAGGGCCUUCAUCUAUGGGGAAAAGUCGUAUGUUUUGGAUGGGGUGUCAGGACAGCCCUAUUGGAGCCAAGGGCAGGUGUUCGAGGUAAGACAGGCAUCGAGAAAGAGCCUAAGU